AUAUUUCAGGGUUUUAGUUUCUUGCCUUGCGUUUAGUUAUUAGCUUCAUAUUUCUUAUUUGUUUUGAUGAAGAAAAACACAAACUGUAAAUUAUCAAACAAUUCACAAUGAUUUUCUUGUCUCAACAGAAUAUGCUCAUUCGCGCUUUAAAUACAUGUUUUUCUUAUUUGCGAAAACUAGAACACGGAAGUGAAUUGAUUGUUGAACAUUUUAAAGUUUACUUUUAUACCGUUGACAUACUUUGCUUUGUUUAUUAAGUAGAAACACAUAAUUACAUAUUUGCAAAGAACAUUAAAGGAGUACGAGUAUAAGGUCCCAUUUUCAAUUUAAAAAGUAAUCGCGCACAGAAUGGAGACAGACAUAAGUAAAAAUGUAAAAUUGAGACUGAAGAGAGUAAAUAAAUUCUGGUUUCUAGAUAUCGGAGGAAAACUUAAGUGGCUUAAUAUGUUAAAUAAAGCAAGUGAUGUAUUCAUGGAGGAGAACAUUAUUUUUGCUGAUGACUUAAUGUAUCAGGUUUCUGAAGAAAGUGAUGGGGAAGUCAUUAUUACUGAAGUAAAAAGCAUUGAUCAGAAAGACAAAACAUCAGAGUUCAAACAAGAUGAUACGGUUUUUCAAACAAAAAUAAAUAUAAAGCCUGAUUCAAGAGGGAAAUAUUUAAAAGAUCAAGAGGAGAUACUAGGAACGCCGUUAGAAGAUCGUCUUGUUAAGAAAGAAGGAGAAGAUAAUAGUUCAGAUAAUGAAGAAAUGGUGAAUUAUGACAUCGGGAGUGAAGAAUAUGUUGAAAGGGAGGGAAAGAUCCGGGCCUUUUUCAAACGCAUGAAACAGAUCAUCAAAAAGAAAACUGCCAAAAGAGAGGUUGGGGAACCUGUCUACGAUUUUGUACCGAAUGCGUUCAAAGAGGAGUCGUGCGAUAGUAUAAGUGAUGAAGAUGUUGAGGACGUUCAAGAAGACUAUGAUUGUUACACAUCUUUUCAAGAGGACGUCUGUACCGAUGCCGUUUCUGGAGCGAAGAUAGUAGCAGCAAUAUAUGAUUUUCAAAAGUUUUCUGACGAUGAGAUAAGCUUCAAAAAGCUAGACAAACUUAAAAUCCGUGACGAUAUCACAAGUGAUAACUCUGAUUGGUGUUAUGCUGAACAUUUGUCUACGGGAGAGAAAGGCUUCGUUCCAAUUGCAUAUAUCUGUCAUGCCAGCCUAAAACUAAUAUCACAGGACUGGUGGUAUGAUAUUAGCUCACACGCAUCUCAGGAAUUGAUGAGCAAUCCGGACACUCGUGUGGGAACAUUCCUUAUACGUCCAUCUGACAGUGCGUAACUUUAAAUUUUUCGUCAUUACAGGUUUAUGGUGCUAAAAUAUGAGAGUAAAUCACUUUUUUUUCCUUCAUUCAAAUUGUUAAAUGUUUUGAACCAGAUUCAGGUUUGCUACUUGCAGGAUUAUUAUUUUAUGCUGUUAUUGUCUACUCACAUUCAGAAAUAACCUAUAUAAUAUACCCAAGUGUUUUGGCAAAGUGAAAGGGCUGGGUACAUAUCGGUAAUAGCAAUAGCUUUUUAAUCCUUGACAGACAAUUUCAUAUGGAUUUAUACCUCGGGUCUGCCAAAUUAAAUAAGGGUCCAAAGAAUGAUUGCAGCCGAAGUGAGUCAAGUUCACACAACAGUGAGCGAAUGGAAAAGUUCAAAGUUACAUGGUUUAGGAAGAAUAGGGCGGCCACUAUAAAGACAUUAAAAAUAAUUAUUUUCCGCUCAUGUCUUUUCCGUUGUGGGAUUUGACAUAAUUAUAACGAUACCUCAGUCCACACAAAUGAUGUCGCGAUGCAAUGCAUAAGUGAAUGUGGUGUGGAGGCUGUAAAAAGUCGCCCGGUACAUUCAGUCAGAGAUGUUAUAUUUCCGAUCCUUAAAGAUCGUUCAGCACGACAAUAUUGUUGUGCGUGUGGUAAUUAAGUUCUUUCUAUUCGGUUAUUUUCUUGUUUGGGUGGUUCCAGUAUUCCUAACUUGAAAUACUAUUGAAUCACCCUGAGGAUAUGUGGCCUGCUUUUUAGAUAUUUCUUCUGACGUCGUAUCUGUGAAAUGCAGGCUUCAUAACUUCUGAUCCCCUUUCAAAAUUCUAUUUUAUUUAGUUCCGCCCAUUUUUUUCUCGUCUAGGGCACACGCAUUUUUUUACUUGGGGACCAUAUGCCGCUUUUCAUGGAAUGGCACAUACGUGUCACAUUGAAGGUUCCAUAAUAACCGCCAUAUGAACACAUCUGCGGAUGUUCAAUAUUCAAAAAUGUACCAGUUCAUGUAAAUGUUUAAUUCUGCAAAAGCCGGUGCUAGGGGGUGUGGGCAGUAGAUUGCAUUUUACAGUACCGUCCAUGAAUAGGUUCAAUCAAACCAAGCCUGCAACUUUUCAAUUUUGCCGUGUUGGGCUUUCUUUAGGGAUUCUUAUUUUCAAUAUAUCAUAGCCCCCCCCCCCCCCAUCCCCUCGAUCACCAUAUUUUUUCAGACCUAACCCUCACUAAACAAAGCUGACAAAUACGUGCCUGAUGAGAAUAAUAAGAGAAUUACGUCCGUGUAAGUUUGAUGAGGAUACCAAAAUCAUUUGUCAAACCGAGAUAGUAAAUUUCGAAAACAAUAUAUUUAUAACCUUUUGCGUAAAAAAAGGAAGCGAAAAAGAACUGCAAAAAAUGAGAAAUAAAGACUUCAAGGAUUUGUUCACAGAAAGCAGCCUCAGACAACCCCGGCGACACUAUAGUCAGUAGUUUCCGAAAAAUAAACGGGAGAGGGCACAAGAGAAUGGAAAGGAGGGAAGGGACAUUCCAGGGGAUGGAAAGGAAAUACCGCUGACGACAAUUAACAAGACAGGACAUCAUAGAACGUGUCAAUAUAAAAAACGUGAAACAAAACAGUUUGUUUGCAUUGAUACUGCUCAUAUGUUAUAUAUCCAAAUGACUUAACACUCCGUUUCUGUUAAUUUUAAGGGGGACGGAUUUUUGUCCUAACAAUGAGGGUACCAAGUAUUUGUUCAAAUCAAGGAGUUGUUAAACACUAUCGUAUCAAGUCUCAAAAUGAUCGACUGUUCAUCAGCCCUAAACAAAAAUUCAGCGACAUCUUUUCG